UUCUCACAUGUGGCAAUCGCAACAAUUCAGAUCUGUAUGUUUCCAGUAGGAUAUAUAAUUAUUGGAGUUCACAGUGGCAACGGCAUUUGGGGAGCUGUGUUUUAUAUCAUCUCUGGAUCUUUGUCUGUUGCAGUUGAGUACAAAUGCUCUAUCUCAAUGGUCAAAGGAGCCCUGUCUAUGAAUAUUAUCAGUUGUUUGGCUUCUAUAGCUGAACUUGGUUUGAUAUGCUUCGAUCUUGCUGAUCUUUGCUAUUAUGGCUGUAGGAGCGAUCAUCCAAUUAUACCAGCUUACGCCUUCUUGAUGAUUGCUUCUCUUGUGCAGUUCUCUUUGUCAGUUACAGUAUCUACCUUUACAAGCCGCGCUCUAAAACGCAAAGCCUCUAAACCUCAACAGCAGGUAUUUGUGAUGCAAAAUGAUUACAGGUCUCAAGGAAUGCCUUCUAAUAUUCCUUCUUCUUAUCCUCCGGCAUCUGUAUACGAAAGGGAAAGACAUCCCCAGCAAUCACAGGGGCCUAAUGAUUGGACAUCCACAACAAAUUUUACAGGGAAUUCAACAGUAGCUCAACCUAACUACAGAAUGGAAAACAGUAGUACGUCUUUUAGGUACCCAGCAUACGAAAAGCCCUCGUAUUAAUCCAAUUUAUUUUGCUAUGUUAAAAAUCGGAAAAUUAAAUUUUUAUGUUUUUGAUACUAUUUCUGUGGCAUUUUUAUCCUUCAGAAGUGCAACUGUUUGAAUUAAUUAAUAUGUCUGAUAUAUAAUAAAUCUAGAACAUCUGGUUUACUACUUUAAAAGUAGGUAAAAAUGUAAAUAAACAGUUUAUUUGCAUUGCUAAACGAAGUAAACUAUUAUGUAUAAUGAAAAUAAAGCGACUCAUUCAAUAUUG